AUGCGUGACUCAUUCUGUACCACGCAAUCCAGAGAGCGACUUCCGAAGUGGCUCAAGACGGAGAUACCUACCGGGCAGUCUUUCGACAGCAUUAAGAAGAAGCUGCGUACAGGCAAGCUGGCAACCGUUUGUGAGGAAGCUAGAUGUCCGAACAUCGGAGAGUGUUGGGGUGGUGGUAAAGGAACGGCCACUGCCACCAUCAUGAUCAUGGGCGACACGUGUACGAGAGGCUGCCGGUUCUGUUCAGUAAAGACUUCACAAGCCCCCGCUGCGCUGGACCCUCUCGAGCCCUUAAACACAGCCGAGACUGUGAAGGGAUGGGGAUUGGAUUACAUUGUACUGACUUCUGUUGACCGAGAUGAUCUGCCCGAUGGAGGGUCCGUGCACUUUGCGGAGGUGGUAAAAGAACUAAAAAGGAGUGUACCGAACAUUUUGGUCGAGUGUUUAACUCCUGACUUCCAGGGCAACCUCGAGCAUGUGCACAACGUGGCCAGCUCAGGCCUGGAUGUGUACGCGCACAACAUAGAAACUAUCGAGCGACUGACGCCACGAGUGCGAGAUAGGCGCGCAAAGUACCGCCAGUCAUUAGAAGUUCUGCAUAGUGUCAAGAAGAACAAUCCCCGGCUCGUCACUAAGACCAGCAUCAUGCUAGGCCUGGGCGAGACAGACGAAGAAGUGCUACAGACGCUCAAGGAUCUAAGAGCCAUUGACGUGGACGCAGUGACUUUCGGCCAGUACAUGCAGCCCACUAAGAAACACAUGAAGGUCAAGGAAUAUGUCACCCCGGAGAAAUUCGACUACUGGGGCAAGAAAGGAGAUGAGCUCGGUUUCCUCUAUACGGCGUCUGGUCCAUUAGUAAGGUCGUCCUACAAAGCGGGCGAGUUCUAUCUGAAGAGCAUCGCGCAGAAACGACAAGGCCUGAAGGCCUCAGUCGCGGUGGACUAA